AUGGCCCAAGAAGAAACUGCGAAUACCAGGGUGGAUCCGCUUGGUGAUGACGAUGCAGUGGAGUUAGCGGAGCAGUAUAGGACGGAGAGGCAAACGGAGAGGGUGGCGGAUUUGGAGGCUAUUCGCGAAAAAUACCAGGUGCCUGCUGAAAUAGAGUUAUUGUUGUCGAUGUUGACGGAGAGGCCAUCCGACGCCAGGCCAGGGGAGUUUGCCCUUUAUGAGGAAGCAUUGAAGGGAGGACUGAGGCUGCCCCUGCCGCAAGUGGUGGUAGAUGUCCUGAAUCGUUUGGAGGUAGCACCGGGCCAACUAAUGCCCAAUGCGUGGAAGAUCGUACUGGCCUGUGCAAAUGUGUGGCCGAAGGCGAACGAAGGGGCGGCAAUGACAAUUGACGAAUUCUUCGCAUGUUACAAGGCCUCAGGGCAGCAAGAGACUUGGAUCAAUCUGCAGGCAGCAGCAGGGAAAGGGCUGGUGGCGGGGGUGCCGUCGUCGAUCAAGGGGUGGAGACCACGGUGGUUCUAUGUGUCCGCCAGUGGAGGGGUUGGAGUGCGCACCAUUUGGAAAGUGCCCACCAAGUCUAUGGAGCCAAAGCUGGGAGCAGCAGCAGAAGAGAUAAUAAAGAAGGCGAAGGCGUGGCGGGAGAAUGAGGGGCUCAGGUGGGACGAACUCGUUCAACCCUCAGCCUUGUUUGUAGCGGGGUUGGGUCCUCAGUCGAACGGGGGACAUGUAGGGCGAGCUGAACUGGAGGCAAGGAGGAAAGUGCAGGAGGCUGAGGAUAAGGCCAUGCUGGCCAAGGCCACGAAAUUUAAGGAGGCGCAGGAAGACCGACCGCCUAAGCCGAUCGCGCGGGAGAGGAUCCGACCGCGCCCCAAGCCGUUGGGGGGGAAGGACUUAGGCAGUUUUGUGCCACAACCGCCCCCAGUGAAUCCUAUGAAGGAACAGGCGAACAAGGAAGGGGAGGCUCUGAAGAAGAAGAAGAAAAAGAAGAGGAGUGCCCCUGAGGGGGCUGCAGAUGUACCUAGGUCGAAGAAGGCGAAGGUUGGGGGGGAAGACACCCCUAUGGUCAAGGAGGCAGAGAAUGAGGCAGUGGAGGAGACCCCAGGAAGGGUGGCUGCCCAAGAAGUGGUGGAGGUCACCCCAGCAUUGGAGGUUGUGGAGGUCGCCCCAGCAGUGGUGGAAAUCGCCUUACGGGUCGCAAAGGUCGCCUCCGAAGUGCAAGCAGAAGGUGGGGCAAUAGGCCCUGAGCCAAUGGGAGGAGGACAGUCCCAAGGCAGUCUUGCGCCCCAAGGAGGGGGGUAA